AGCAAAUCCAACUCCCCCCCACAAACUCUGCGCACGCCACCCACCACGCUCACUCCACACUUUCGAGCCGAAUCUCGUCACCUCAGCUCGACCGUCCGCUUUCGCGUCUCAGUUACGCGUCACCUUGAACCACCUCCCUCAACUCCACUCAGCCUUUUCCACCCGCAACACCGUCAAGAUGGGUGGUGAUCUCAACUUGAAGAAGAGCUGGCAUCCGCUCUUGAUGAGCAACCAGCGCCGCGUAUGGGAAGAAGAAAAGAAAGCGCUCGACGAGCGCAAGCGCAUCGACCAAAUGAUGAAGGAGCGCCAGGAAGAACGCGCCAUCCAGGAACUGCAGGCCAUCCAAGAGGCAGCCGGCGGGAAGAAGAGAGUCAACCGCGUCGACUGGAUGUACUCUGGCCCAGCGAGCGGCCAGACUGGCACCACCGAGGAGAUGGAAGGAUACUUGCUGGGCAAGCGCCGCAUCGACAACCUCCUGAAGAACGAAGAGAGCAAGAAGCUGGAAAAGGCCUCGGGCGAGGAGUCCUUCAUGGCGCUGCAGAACGCCAACACGACGCGCGACACGGCCGUCAAGGUGCGCGAAGACCCCAUGAUGGCCAUCAAGAAGCAGGAGCAAGCCGCCCUGGAAGCCAUGAUGAACGACCCCGUGCGCCGACGCCAGCUCCUCAAAGCCGCAGGCGGCGACGCCCAAGACAGCAGCGAGCGGAAGCAGCGGCGCCACCGACACAGAGACCGCGACGAUGACAACACCCAUCGCAGCAGCAAGCACCGCAGCAGCAGGCGGCACGAUGACGACGACAACGACGGGCGCCGUCACCGCUCGCAUCGCCACCGCUCCUACUCCCGCUCCCGCUCUCCCUACAGGCGCUCCCGCGACGACGACGACGCCAAGCGCGACUCCCACCGCAGCAGUCGCCGGCACUACUCGCGCUCGCCGACGCGGUCGCGCUCCCCGCACAGGCGCAUCAGCGGCCGAGGCGAGAGCCGGUACCACGAGCGGGAGCGCGCGCCGCGCCACCACUCUUCGCGGCGAACGACGUCGGGCUCACCCGCGCCCUCGGACCGGCGCGACAACCACAACUACAGCCGCGACCACGCCUACACCCGCGACCGAGACUACGCGCGUGAGCGGCCCACCCGCCCCCAGCGCCGCGCCUCGCCGCCCAGGAAAUCCGCAGCCGACGACGAGGCAGCAGCCGAGGCGCGCGCGCGCAAGCUCGCCGCCAUGCAGAGCAGCGCGUCGCAGCUGGAGGACGACCGGCGCAAGCGGCUGGCCGCUAUCGAGGCGAAAGAGGCCGAGCAGCAUGAGCUGGACGAGCAGCAGCGGAGCGAGAAGGGCCGCUUCGUCAAGGACUUGCAUAAGCAGGCUGAGCAGGAUAUCGAUUUGGGGGAGCGGCUGAAGAGGUCGAGGGGGGGGUUGGAGCGGUUGGAGGCGUUUUAGUGGGGGUUGUGUGUGGGGUGAGGGGCGUUUUCGGGAUUUUCUUUCGUUCUUUCACCUUUCUUUGCGCGAAACGGACGGUUUAUCUAGGGAUAAUGGACUGGACUGGACUGGACUGGACUGGACUGGACGGACAGGCUAGGUAGGGAGGGGCGGUGCGAUAUCAUACACACACCCAAAUAUACAAGCAAGACACAAUCAGCAGAAACAAAAAGACCAAACAUAAACAAACAACCCAGAUGGCACGCACGCACGUGGCACGCCCAAACGACCUAGGUACCUACUAGGAGUACCUCCCAUGAACACACAACUCCC